UGUCGAAAUCAUGGAACCACGGAGGGGUUACGUGGAUAAGAACAGAUGAUCUGCACCAAAGGCUUGGAGAGAGCGCCCACUCGUGACAAGCCUCCCCAACCCUAACGAGGAAGCGUGCAGCACGAAUAACCGUAGACUACCAUGCAGCUGAGCGCGACUCAGCUGGCCGCGGCCGCGUCGGCCCCUGCGGGGAAGGCCGUUAAAGAGUUGGUGUGUUUCGACACGAGCUCGGCCAUUGGGGCCCUCCCGACUCUGGCACUCGCGCGAGUCUUCACCAGCGAGGGCGCGUCUCUGAAGGGAAGGACAAGAUCGCUCUGUUCACCAUGAUGCUGCCAUUGGUGCUGGCGCUGGGGCAGGGUGCACAGGAGACGAUGGAGAAUUUCCUGCGCGGCGGGGAGAGCCAGGAGCACGGAUGGACAGGCGCGAUAGCGGCCAGGAAGCUUUCGGAGCGCGGGCAUUCAUGGGAGAGGUGCUCGAGGUGCUGCGGGAUUUCGUCAAAAUGGCGGGCAAGUACGUAGUCCUGCCGGCUCUGCCACCGUCGGGCAAAGCCCCCGCUCGCGAGUCCGGGGCGGCUCCGCCGGCCCCAACUCCGGAGGCGGCGGCGGCUCUUGCGGCGGCGGCUGCUAUCCCAGUGGCGGCGGCCAUUCCGGCGGCGGCGGCCUCAGCGGCAGCGGCAGCAGCUUCGGCAUCCGCGGCACCCGCCCCCGCGGCGGCGCCCGCAACGGCGGGAGCUCCAAGCUCGGCGAUCGCAACAGCCCAGCAGCAGCAGGCAGCCAACCACCAGGUCAUGAUGUCGGCGGACGAAGCGUACAUGAAGGUGGUGCAGGCGGAAUCAGGCCACGCGGAGGGCGGCCUGCCCGAACCCGACCGUGGCGUGAACGAGCCGUAGCGUACGCAACAGAAGGAGGUUGGGGGGGACACGGUAGCAAUUUACGAACGGGGGGGGGGAUACUCGAGCGUUGCGCUCGGUUGGAUUUGUUUCGCGGGUUCGAGAUAGCAUUUCGUAUUCCGAUAAGACGAUGCGUGUGGUACCCGUCGGGUGACCAUAUCCCGCUCGCGGUUCGCAUCAUUUUUCAAUGCAUGUCAGUAUAACAUUGGCGCAACAUGAGCGCUGACCCGCGCAGUGCGUUCCUUCGAUCACACAGGAUCGAGAAAUAACACGAGAAUAGCAGGUGAUAUGCCCGCGGUGCGUUC